AUGCAACGUUCUCCGUAUUCGAAUGAUGCUUAUACGGUCGGGUGGAUAUCCGCGUCCCACGACGAGUUCGUCGUGGGUAUGGCGGUGCUGGAUGAGGAGCAUGGGAGGCCUCAAUCCACACCUGCGGAUGACACCAACGCGUAUCACUUGGGCCGCUUGAGCGAGCACAAUGUCGUAAUGGCUUGUCUGUCUGGAGGUCAAAUGGGCACGGGUCCUGCCGCCAUCGUUGCUGAAAACAUGCGCCGUACAUUUAAAAAUAUCCGAUUUGCGCUGCUGGUGGGCAUUGGAGGCGGUGUUCCAGCAAAGACCAAGGAUAUCCGCCUGGGUGACGUCGUGGUGAGUUACCCGACCGGCAUAUACACUGGGAUAGUCCAGUACGACUAUGGCAAGCUCAAACGAAAUGGCGAAGUGGAGCGGAAAGACUGGUUUUGUGCACCACCUCGCAAGAUCCUGGCCGCUGUCGAUCUUGUGAAGGCAUACCAUAUGAGACCAAAGAAUCCGAUGAACAAUAUGUCGCACUUUAUUGAGAGGUUGGGUGAAGAGUACGCUUAUCCCGGGCAGAACGAAGAUUUCCUAUAUCAAGCAGACUAUGACCAUAAGUCCGGCUCCGAGAAUUGUGAUGCCUGCGACGAGUCAGGCCUCAUCGCCCGAAAUCCUCGCAGCUACCCAUGCAGACCGAACGUUCACCACGGCGUCAUUGCAUCAGGAAGUAUGGUUAUCAAGAGUGGUGUUGAGCGUGACAGGAUCAAUCAACGUUAUGGGAACUCGAUACUCUGCUUCGACAUGGAAGCAGCUGGAUUGAUGAGCAACUUUCCAUGUCUUGUUGUCCGAGGAAUCAGCGACUAUUCCGACUCGCACAAAAAUGAUAAAUGGAGAUUCUAUGCGGUUGCAACAGCCUCAGCGUAUGCAAAAGAGCUUCUUUCACACAUUGAGGCGAUUGAUGUACGCGUUUUGCCCUCCAUGAAUGAGGCUGAAUUGCUGAAUGUUGUCUCCCAAAGAAUAGAAAAGGUGGAUAGGAACAUUACGGAGAAUACUCUCGUCCUCAAGAACGCUGAAGAAGACGCUCGAAAAAGAAAUCUGUACGAUUUGCAAAUGCAAUGCGAAAGAUGGCUGAGACCGCCAAAUAUGCGGCAAGUCCAGCAGACUAACACCAAAAAAAGGUUACGAGGUACCUGUGGUUGGAUCUGGUCGAACACGACAUUCGUGAAUUGGUACACCCUAGACCCCUCGUCGAACCUAGAUGGGAUACUCUAUGUUUAUGGACCUCCGGGUUGCGGUAAAAGCAUUCUGGCUUCCUAUAUCGUGGAUUUCAUGAGUAAGAUCGAAGUGAAUUCUUUUCUGUUCGCAUUCUCCGGUGCACAUGCUAGCCAGCGAAAUCUGAGUGACCUGCUCCGUUCCCUUAUAUGGCAGUUGCUAAGAAUCGCGCCUGCCGAAGACGCGAUUUCUGUUCUACAGAGCUUAGCGGUGAUUGGGCAGCUCACAACGACUGAAUUAUGGACUGCCUUUGGUACUAUGGCCGCACUCGUCUCUGAGCCCGUUUUCUGUAUCAUCGAUGGUAUUGACGAGUGUGAGGACACUGCCGGUGAAUUAGUUGAGAAGCUCCUCCACUUCUUGACGGACCACUCCAGGUUCCGUUUUAUCCUACUUGGCCGGCACCGUGCCUUUCAUGCGGUCAAUUGCGCUAGGCAUACAGUUGAGGUUGAGUCCUCUCUGACAGAACAAGAUAUCGAGACACUUAUUGAAGCUGAGAUCUCUCUCAGUGACACGCUCAAUGCAGCGAAUUUGCGGCAUGAAGUCACUAUGGCUCUGAAACAGCAAGCUGAUGGGAAUUUCCUAUGGAUCAAGUUCAUGCUUCGGCAUCUUGACAAGUCAGUUGGUGUGGCUGAUGCCCUAGAAAGGCUGCAUAAUUUGCCAUACGAUCUUCAAACAACCUAUGAGCAACUGCUUUUGGGACUUGUCCGCCGGUUGGAACCGUCUGAGAUAGAUCUUGCUCGAAAGAUUCUGUCAUUUAUCGUUGUUGCUCAACGUCCAUUGACUCUCGACGAGUUUCAGCACAUGUUGGCUGCGGAUGCUCUAUCCACGUCUUCACGAAAAGAUCAAUCAAUCGAUGACUAUCUCAUUCCACGCCUGGACCGCAGAGUCUUGGAGGUUCUUUGCACACGUCUUAACGCGGAACAUGAGAAGAGACUGCAACAGUAUGGACAAAAUGAUUCGCGCACUGAGCGGAUACGCCUCUUUCUUGGAACGAUUCAGAAUACAUGCGGAUUUAGAGACGCUCGGAUUAUGGGUGCCCGGUACAAGAACACCAGUGUUGCGAAUGAUUCUUUCGAUAUCAAACCCAUGGUGCAAGUGCUGCAGAAAGAGGGACCCUUUCCUCCCCACUUCGGACUUGACCUCCUGCUUAAGUUGCAAACUUAUAUCCGACAAUUUGAGAAGCUUACUGAUCCUCUACAAAUGUUAUUUCGCGCCAUAGUACGGAAGGCCUCGGCUCUUCCUAUUCUUGCGCUCCUGCUAGUGGCGAUGUUCUACUACCGGGUUGGUAGAGAAGAAGACUGUCUUGAAAUCUUGACCGUGGCCCUCGAAAAGGUCAAGGGGAAAGAAGGGCCACUGCAGUUCCUAAUCCUAGAGAGCAUUGCUAGUGUUUACGACCAGCUUGGGCAACAUGAAAUGGCAUGGGCGCAUUGGACCAAAGCCUUGGAUGGACUGGAGAAAAAAUUGGGACCUGAUCAUGAAGUUACUCUGUUUACAAUAUACUUAAUAGGCUUCAGAUCUUAUCGCCUGGGGAAAUAUACUGAUGCGCUGUCUUCUUUCAUGACAGUCUUCUCGCGCCAUGAGAAGAAGCUACCUAGGCGACAGCUCGAUUUCUAUCGUCACAUCUCCUACGACACGGGCCGAGCCUAUGUGAAGCUUCAUCAGUAUCAGCAAGCAUUGCCAUUCCUCUCCGCGGCCCUGUCAUCAUCGAAGAAGCUGUUCGGACAAAAGGAGGUCAACGAACCGCAUAAGCUCUUCUAUAUGGGUAUAACGUAUUCGGGACUUGGGCAGUACAUGGAAGCGCUAGAAGCCCUUCAUAAAGCCUUAGGAGGCCUGGAGAAACGCUAUGGAGAAGAGCAUAGAAAUACUCUGUUCGUCCAACGUGCAAUCGGUAUUGUACAUGUGUAUCGCGGGGAAUAUAAAGAAGGGGUUCUAUUCCUUUCAAAAGCUUUGUCAGAACUGCUGAAAUUCCUGGAGGAAGAGGAUAAGAGUAUCGUAUCAACACUUCAUUGGAUGGGCGUUGCCUACAUGAACGAGCGGCAAUAUAAGAAAGCGUUGGAUAUCCUUUCUAGAGCUCUACCAGGCCUACAGAUGGUCUAUGGACCAGACCAUCCUUACACCCUACGCGCAAUCAGACUCAUAGAAGAUGCCGGCUGGGUACACUUCUCAUGCAGAACAGAACUGAGGUAG